AUGACACAGACGUUCGACGAGUUCGUGGAAGACCUGUUCGCAGUCCGACCUGAUAGCGGAGUCUCCGACGACCACAUAGAUCUCUGGGAGCACGGUUGCCUUCUCUUCUCCGCAUUCGAACUGGAAGCUUCAGCCGAGUUGUUUAUCCAACUCUCGGAACUCAUCACAGUUGAACUGUACAGCAGUAUAUGCCUUCUCAACGCAGCUUUCAUUCACGCAAGACUUGGCAGUCUGUCGAUUGCUUCGCAGUGUCUCGCCAAGGUUGAACACUUUGAAGAGCUUCUCCCCCUCACGCUCUCAUUGAUAGGUCACAUCGAAUAUGAGCUCGGUAGCUUUGAAAAGUCAGAAGACUGCUUUAAGAUCGCGUUGGCGGCAUUGGAGGCAACGGAUUCGUUUGCUCGCCAUAAUCAUCUCGGCCUCGAUUUCGUCCUGUGGGCAGAGCAAAUCCAACAAAAUCUCGACGUCUUGCACACUUCUGCUGGUCAAGGCAUGGUGGCAACGAUUCCCGGAGACAGACUGUUUGAGGCACCACUCAGGGAGGAUACCUCGUCAUCCGCAAGAUCUCGCAACUCUGGGCAAUGGUCUAAACACAGCGCAGCGACCUCGAAAGCACUUUCCUCUGGAUCAAUUACUUCCAUCAACACGGUAGCCCCACUAGAGCCAAGGCGUCCCGCUCAUCACGGCGAGAGCGAAGAAAUCCGUGAGCCUAGGGGACCUCUAGAUUCGGAUCUGGGUGCAGUUACAACCUCGCAACUCACCGCGGCGCCAGCCUUCAAACCUCUAGCUAGCCCGCCGUCUUCGAGGAGGGAUAAAAUUAUCUUGAACUUCACAAAACUACGAGCUGUCGGGAAGAAAAUGCUAGGCCCACAGCGCUCGAAAAAUGAAGGAGCAGCAGAAACAGGACUUGCUGAUAGUCUCUUUACGCAAAUUCCAGCAAAGCGCGUCCAGCGCAUGGAAGCACGAGACGCCAGACCCGGCGCCGGUACGACCACAGAUCUAUCUGCCUUCAUAAAGAAUCUUCCCAAUCAGCACAGAAAGGUGGCCAGGGAUGCUUGGGUGAGGCCAGGGUCCACCGGGGAUCUUGCGCAGUUUUUUCGUACCACGGGUCCAGAAAAUAUCCAUAAAGCCAUGAACUUGAUCUCACGAGGCUCCAUUGACCCGGACUCGCUUUCAGAAUCGCAGGCCUCGAAGUCGACUGUGCUGCAGGACUUCUCGCCGAAAGUGAUGUCACCCAGCAUGACUUCACACAGCGCACAAGAGGCUGGUGUACCAGAGCCUGCGGACGUCAUUGGGGUUGGCCCGAAUUCAUCGCAUGUACGAGCCAACAGUUUGGCUUAUGUGGGCAAUGAGGUCAAUGAACCUGCAUCAGAACACUCAUCAGCUAUUUCUGGCGGUUCGCCGGGACCUUCUCGAGAUACCAGCGAUCCGGUGCAAGGCAGGCGACAGCCCCAGGCGAUACAUCCAGCACUGCGGCCGGGCUUCUCUCUCGAUGGAUAA